UGCUGGUAAUAUAUAUAGUGUUAUCAUGUUACAUCCCCCCUUUUCAAUGAGUGAAACAAACUUUUACCAAAUUUAAAGGGCUUUGAUGCAGAGAAUGACUUGAGCAGCUAGUUCCUGUGUGCUCAGACAAGCUCUGGAGUUCUCUGGGCUCUUGCACCACAAGAACCUCUAGAUUGUCACUGGAUUUGCCAAUGCAAAGUUUAUGAACAUCUUAAGAUUUCUUGACAUUUUUGUCUCUGCUUAUCAAGAUGAAAUACCCUCAUGUUUUGGUUUGGUCAUUUAGUUUCUUUGGAUAUACCUGUGGCACUGGGUUCAUGUACCAAUUCCCAGCCAGCAGCCUGCAGCACAACUACCCUGACCAGAACUCAGCAUCUUCCAGCAGCUUCUCCAACAGGAGAAACUGGUGUCAGUUCACCGUCACAAGGACAGUAACCUGCCAAGUACAAAAUGGAUCUGAGACAGUGGUUCAGAGGGUUUACCAGAGCUGCAGAUGGCCUGGACCAUGUGCCAAUCUUGUGAGUUACAGGACUCUUCUCAGACCUGUUUAUAAAAUGUCAUACAGAACAGUGACCACCCAGGAAUGGAGAUGCUGCCCUGGUUUCACUGGAAGUAAUUGUGAGGAAGAAUGUAUGAACUGCACACGUCUCGCUGCAAUGGCUGAGAGGUUAAAUAAUCUUGAAGCAAAGAUAAUCAACCUAGUGACUGCCGAGAAAUCAGACAAUGAUCUGCUGAUCACGAGAGAAACAGCUUCAUGGAAUGAUGAUUUCCUGCCUGGCGCCAUUCCUCUCCUGAGCCCUGGAAUCAAAUUUAGAAAAGCACUGAAGCCUCCAUCAGGAUCCAAGGGGGAAAAUAAUGAGGAAAAGAGAACAAGAGGCUUACCUGGAGUACCGGGCCCACCUGGCUCAAAUGGACCUAUUGGUUUGCCAGGACCCAAAGGGGAUCGAGGGCAAGCUGGGGAACUUGGACCAGCAGGGCCAGCAGGCCCCGUUGGACCUCAGGGACCAAAAGGAGCUAGAGGGGAAACUGGGAAUCGAGGACCCCCUGGCCCCCCAGGCCCCCCUGGCCCCCCAGGCAUGCCUAUUUCUCUUCAAGAGGGAGUGAUAUACUCUUUGCAGCCUAAUGCAGAAAGAGAAAAUGGCGAACCACAUUUACUAUCUACUAUUACAGACACACUUAUGUCUGGACGCCCUGGUCCUCGUGGGCCUUCAGGACCCACUGGCCCCCCAGGGCCUGUAGGCCCAAGAGGGCCGGCUGGACCAAUGGGACCUCCAGGACCACAGGGCAAGUCAGGGAUUCCAGGCCAGCCAGGGCAACCAGGCCAACCAGGAGCUAAAGGAGAUCGAGGUGAACAAGGAGAGAAGGGUCAACCUGGCAAUACAGGAGAACGGGGAAUUACAGGACCUCCUGGGCAGCCUGGCAUUAAAGGAGAAGAUGGAAGCAAAGGAGAAGAGGGGGAAGGGGUCCAACAACUUAGAGAAGCCCUGAAGAUCUUGGCAGAGAGAGUGUUGAUUUUGGAACACAUGAUAGGAAUCCAUGACACACCUUCGUCUCUUGAGCCCGGCUCUGGGCAGGAUAUCCUGGGCUCCGCUAUUCCCAACAGCAUAAAACCCAAAAGAGAACAACAUCAGAGGUUCCAGUCCUUUGACAUCUUCUCCUCACUGCUGGAUGACAGUGAAUCUAGCCGGAAGAAAUAAUGGAUGUUUGGUCUUGGGGCAGAUCACAAGUUGCCAGUCCACUGAUUAAAGCCAAAGUAUUUUCUUUGAAGAAAUCUCGAAUGUUCUCCUCCAGCCACAAUUUCAUAAGAACUGUCCCAGUUUACACGUAUGCCUUCCAGAUGUGCACUGCUUCCUUUGUAAAUGUAUAGCGACAUGAGAAUUAGACAUAAGGGGAUCUAUAUGUAAAGCUAUAUUUACCAGUUCUUAAUUAGUAAAGUGAUUCUGGAUUUUAAGAGCUUGUGGGUAAUGAAUGGUUUAGCCCUUCCUUUAAUUAAUGUAUUACAGUUCAGAUUAUCCUUAAGUGCUAAUUUUUGGGGUGCAACCCAUUAAAGGGGUUGUCCACUUUCAGUUAGCAUUUAGUAUGAUGUAAUAUUGCUCUAUCAGACCUUCAACAUGUGCUUUUAGGAGUAUUUCUGGGCCAUUUUGUGUAUCUGCAGAAAACAUUACUUUUCCAAACAGUUUGUGCACUUGGAUAUACUGUAGCUUGCAUUAUCUAGAUUCUAUAAUGAUUGGGAUGUUUCUGCUUAAUGGUGUUUUUCUGUAAUCUAGAGCAAUGCUGUUCAACUAAUUAUAUGUAGUAAGCCGAUUAUUUCUCACGUUACAUGUUCAAGGGAUGGAUUAUUCUAAAAUGAUAAUGUCAUACACUGUCUAUGGAGCCUUUGAGCAGACUGGGGUCCAUGAAAAUACUCUGGAGGGCCACAUCUGGCCCGAACGCCUCCAGUUGGACAGCCCUAAUCUAGAGCACCAUGACCUAAAGGUUGUUAAAAUAUUAAAAACAAAUUGAUCAAAAAUGAACAAUUACAGAUGCAGCCUAGUUCCUUUACCAUGUUGUCGCAUUUGCUGGCAAAUCUUUGCACUCUAGCACCAGCAAGAGGCAGAACCUAAUACCUAUAAAUGGUGUCUGGACAUGGUGAGACAACAUGUAAAAACUUGCUGGCUGCAUCCUUACGUUCUAAAAUAGGGAAAAGGCAAUGCAGAAUUCCACAUAAUAGAUUCCAUACCUGUAUUGUAAAUAUUGAAGUAACAAGUCCCUGGAAAUGCCAUUUAAUGAUAUUGCUGUGUGGGGCAGAGGUUCUGCGCUGUUCAUUGAAAAAACUGUAAAACUUUAUUUCAGUACAAGAUUUUAUUGGAAAUGAGUCUCUAUAAAAGUUUAGUUUAACUCACUGAAUAGGAUCUUACGUUGUGUGACUCUGUUGGACUGUAAGGAAUGUUUUCCUUUGCUAAAUAUUCAUCUGUUUCUGAGAAUAACCCUAAUGAUUUUACUGAAUUGCUGUUUAUUUGUGCAAAAUAUCUCAAGACAAUUUUGUAUUAUAUUUCAGUUGAGUAUGAAUGGCUUCUAUAAGGGACGCUAGGAAACUUACAGUGCAAGCUGCUCCCAAUAUUCAUAUUCUGUAACCUCCUGACUCCCAGUCUCCUAUUAUAAGAAUAUUUGUACCACGAUGCAUGACAUUGCCCAGAGGGAUCAUGAAGUUUCCACUGGAAAAUAACAUGAUUCCCACAUAAGCAGUUAAACAAAGCAAUGGAUCUAAAAUAUAUGAAGCUCUGAAGAAGCAUGGAUACAAA